AUGCCUUCCUUGCACCAUGGAGCAAUCUUUCUCGGAGCCUUACUCAUUGUGACUGGGAGUGCCACAGCCUUCCUGGGCUCAUCCCAAAGCCGCCUGCAGGCUUUCUCUCUCUGCAGUGUGGUGCUGGGGGUGGUCAUGCUUGUCCUUGGACUAUUUUGGGCAAUGAAUAGCAAAACUGUUGCAAACUACAAUCGCCGGGAGGUUGACCCAGAUUGUCCCCAUUACCCAUACAAUGAAUACACAAACUACCCAAGCCAGGCUCUCUUCUCUCCUCCACUGACACGCUUCCCAGAGUCCCAAUCAGUGUUUCUUCCCAGGACAAUGGAGCACCAGAGGGACGCUGGACGUGUGGAGGAUUUUGACUAUCCACCCAUGGACUCUGGUGGAUUUAGCCCAACACCUCACCCUCCUCCAUGGCUGGGACCUCCGCCUCCCUAUGAAGUUGCUAUCAAGACCACGUGCAGCUCUACGCACCUGCGGCGUGCAUAUUCAGACACCCACCUGGCAACAGAGCCUCUGUUUGGACAGUCCAGAGAAAUCAGCUUUGAGGUGUGA